UUUAUCAAACCCUGUUCUCGAUAACACCUUUUCUUGUAAAAAUGAAGAGCUUCACACCUUCAAAGCUUAUCAUUGUUGUCUAUGUUGCUUUGUUCAUGGCAAAAUUUCCAGGAAGCACAUAUUCAGCAUCUGAUCUAAUAGAAAGAACUUGUAAAGCAACACCUUACUAUGAUCUCUGUGUUAAGACUCUAAAAUCAAACCCCAAUAGUUCUGGAGCUGACGUUAAAGGGCUGGCGUCUAUUGCAGCUACCGGAACUCUGAAAGAAGCGAUGGGUACUUUGAAGAAAAUUUAUCAAGUGUUUAGGGAGGCCAAAGAUCCAGUAUGGAAGAAGUCCGUGCAGACUUGCCUUGAAGCAUACUCCAUCAUAACAAAAAUAGAUUUGAACCAAGUCUCUUUAGGUAUAACUGAAGGUAAUUAUCAAAGGGCCAUAGAUUGUGCCUCUGAUCUACCUAAACAAACUGAAAAAUGUCAAAACAGCUUUGAAAAAUCACCAUUUACUGGUGAAAAUCUGGUUGUACAUAUGCUUGCUGAAGUGGUUAUAUCUAUUGUCAAAACAUUUCUGCAAAAUUGAGGUACUCAAUAUUUGCAAUAAGAAGGAAAUUUAAUAGGAAGGAAUUUUUUAAA